UUCCCUCAUUGGCUGCCCGGAUCUCCUGGACCACCCCAAACCCAGAGCGGCGGGAAUAAGAGCUGCUGCCGGUGCUGGGAGGCUUCGGAGCCACUACCCAGCUCACAGUCGCUGCGGCUUCCAGUGACAACACAGCUGAGGCUCUCACCACCUCCACUGCGAGCUACCUGCUGCCAGAGAGGCACCAUGGGCAUCAGCAAGAUCCUUCCCUUCCUGGUCAUCGGCGUCUUGGUGCUGUACCAUGCCGGCCUCCUCCAGGCAGCACCUAUUGGAUUCGCUGCGAACAACUGCUCAUCUCCCAUAAUUGAGGAGGAAUCAGAAUUCGUGCUGGUUGCUGUGGUGCAGGGCUUUGAUCAGAUCGAUGCCAGUGAACUGGACCUGGAGAAAGAGAUUGAGGGCGCCAAUGCCACUGCCGAUAAGAAAGGCUGCAACACUACCGCCUGCCUGACUCGUGAGCUGCUCGACUUGCUGAGCCUGACUGAUGAUGUGGUGAAGAAGGAUUCUGUGCCCACCAAUGCGGACAACAAUGCCAAUGGACAGCCCCCUGAGACCGUUAAGGCCUGAACAGCAACAUGACCCGGCUAUCAGAUCACCAUGACGCUGAACUCGACUUCCUUCAAUUUGACAACGACUUAGAAAAAAACAAACAUGGAAAAUAUCCAUGUAUGCAUGCUCCCUAAUAAAAAAAUCAUUCUUCCUCCUUCAAAAUAAAUCUAAAUGCAUGAUA